ACUACCAUCUGCCUAUAUAGCGGCACACACACAUCACACGCUCUUCCUUUUCAACGCUCUCUCCUCUUCACCAGAUCUCUCGGACUUAUUCUUCCUUGGAGAUGCGUGCUCUUUGAGCAGAUUUUCCCCAAAACCCCCCAAAACUCCCCAGCCCAUAACCGCUUCUGGCUCCUUCUCCUCCCCAUUGAAAUCCAUCCACAACCAAAAGCAUCCAUUUUUAUGUAAUAUACACUCAUAGCUUUGUGUUCUUGAUAAGAGUUCUUGGAAAUGGAGGAUACUGCUAAUGCUAAUACGAUGAAGAUGAGGUUGUUUAGUGAAGAAGAGGUGAGGGAUAUUAGCGGGUUGAAAAGGGGCUGCGGCGGUAGCCGUGGCGGUAGCGAUGGCGAUGAUUACGUAGAGGUGACGUGUGGCUGCACCAGCCACCGAUAUGGGGAUGCUGUAGGUCGACUUAGGGUUUUCUCUUCUGGUUUUCUUGAAAUCACCUGUGAAUGCACCCCUGGUUGUCAGGAAGACAAACUCACACCAGCUGCGUUUGAGAAACAUUCUGGAAGAGAAACAUCUAGGAAAUGGAAGAAUAAUAUCUGGGUUAUUGUUGAUGGGGAGAAAGUGCCUUUGUACAAGACAGCACUGCUCAAAUAUUACAAUCAAGCAUCAAAAAAUGCUAAUGGUUCAAGCAGAUCACACAAUGGGAAAUUCCAUCGUGAUGAGUUUGUUAGAUGCACUGAAUGCAACAAAGAGCGCAGGUUCCGUCUCCGCAACAAAGAGGAAUGCCGCAGUUACCAUGAUGCUUUGGCAGAUUUAAAUUGGAAAUGCUCUGACAUGCCUUAUGAUGAGGUUACAUGUGAAGAGGAUGAAGAAAGAGCAAGUCGCAGGGUCUACAGGGGCUGUUCCCGAUCUCCAACAUGCAAGGGUUGCACGUCUUGUGUCUGUUUUGGUUGUGAAAUCUGUAGGUUUUCAGACUGCAGCUGCCAGACUUGCUCUGAUUUCACUAGGAAUGCAAAAGCUUAAGUUAGCAAUCUCACCAAUACAUCCCUUCUCAAAUGCUUACAUUUCCAUUUUGUUUGGUAGAUGUUCUACCAAUCAUUUCUUAAUUAAACCUUAGCUGAUAUUCACAGAAAGCUCUCUGACAUUCUCUUAGAUCCAAUUUAAAUUUCAGUCUUCAGCACAGGUUGCUGUGUUUUUGUUGACUGAUCAAUAUUUUGAAGUAUUACAAUAUCACUCCGUUGCUCGCCAUAGCAUAAUUAAGAGGAAAAUUGAUUCUUUA